GAGGAGAGGGAAGAAAAAGAAAAAGAAAAAGAAAAAGAAAAAGAAAGGGGACUCGUAGUAUAUUGUUGGGGGGUGGGGGCGGUGGGUGCUGAUUCUAAAGAGAUGAGACUGUGGGAACAUUCUGAAGGGAGCUUGGCUUUUUGCGUGAACAUGGUGUCGCUGGAGUGGCUGGCAUAGAUUAGGGACAACUCAUCUUUUGGAUAGUGAGAGGUUUUCCCUCUUUCCUGUGUGUUCUUUUGUUUGUUGGUUGCUUUCUUCUGCAUUCGCCCUUUGGUACUUCCUGGUGGUGUGGUGGGGUUCUCUGUUGUUUCUGUCGCUCUGAUGAUUUUACAUACCCCCCCUCUCUCUCUCUCUCUUGCAUCCUGCUCAUUGCUUUCCCUUUCCAGCCGGUUUUCGCCCUCUGGUUUUGAAGGUCAAUUUCCACUGGUGAUGGAGGAUUUGCAACGGUGCUUGGGUUACUGAAAUCUUGUGAGUAAUUAUAGGAAUUUGGGGGGGGGGGGGGACUCGACUGUAGUGAGGAAAAAGGAUAAUAAAAUAAAGAAAUAAGGGGUGUCAGUGGGCAAGUGGGGGUGUCGUCUCUUCUCUCUUGGUUUGAGCAAUUAAUAUCGGUGGGUGUGACUCUGCUUGUUUUGUCUCCUGUUUUGAGCCUUUCUGCCCGGACUCCGUGGGCUCUGCUACCGAGCUAGGAAGCAAAACCCUUCUUCUUUUUAUCUUUCUCUCUUUCCCCUUUCGUGUGAUUACAUUUCGUAACAAAUCACACCACUCCCCUUAUUCUCUCUCUCUCUCUCUCUCUCUCUAUUCACUUGCCUUGUUUUCUGGGAAAGAUUCGGCCAUACGAGGACUCAACACUUUCUUUCCCUUUGAUCCAGAGUUUCCUUCAUUUUCUUGAACUCCAGGAAAAAAAUUCACAUUUUCAGGAGUUCAAUACAAGUUCCCUCUUGGUUUUGAUUUGUGGCUGUGAGGGUGGAAGUGCUGGAGUUUGUUGAAGUUGGGGAUUUAGAUCUUUGAGGGGAGACGAAUCUUUAAGUAUCCAAAAUGAAGUUUAUGAAACUUGGAUCAAAGCCGGAUUCAUUCCAGACUGAUGGUGACAAUAUAAGGUAUGUAGCAACUGAGUUGGCUACUGACGCAGUCAUUAACGUGGGGGAUGUAAAAUUUUAUUUGCACAAGUUCCCUCUCUUGUCGAAGAGUGCCCGCUUGCAGAAACUGGUUGCGCUCUCAAACGACGAAAACCUUGACGAAAUGUGCAUUGACGACAUUCCUGGUGGACCUGCAGCCUUUGAAGUGUGUGCCAAAUUCUGUUAUGGCAUGACAGUGACCCUGAAUGCGUACAACGUGGUCGCCACUCGUUGUGCGGCAGAAUAUCUUGAGAUGUACGAAACCGUUGAAAAAGGAAACCUCGUUUACAAGAUCGAUGUUUUCCUCAAUUCAAGCAUAUUCCGGAGUUGGAAAGAUUCAAUCAUUGUUCUUCAAACCACAAAGUCCCUUCUCCCAUGGACAGAGGAGCUGAAGGUAGUUAGCCACUGCUUAGACUCCAUAGCCUCUAAAGCUUCCGUCGAUACAUCAAGAGUGGAAUGGUCCUAUACAUAUAACCGUAAGAAACUCCCAACUGAAAAUGGAAAUGAUCCGCAAUGGAAUGGAGUGAGAAAACAGCCAAUGGUCCCAAAGGACUGGUGGGUGGAGGACCUAUGUGACCUUCAAAUAGAUUUAUACAAACGGGUCAUUACCACGAUUAAAACAAAGGGGAAAGUUUCUGGCGAUGUGGUUGGAGAAGCGUUGAAGGCGUACGCCCUCCGAAGGUUACCAGGGUUCAGUAAAGGUAUGAUAAAAGGUGGUGAUGUAAUAAAGAACCGGUCGGUGGUUGAAACCAUAAUUUGGUUGCUGCCCACAGAGAAAAACAGUGUUUCUUGUAGUUUCUUACUUAGAUUGGUACAAGCUGUUAUUGCUUUAGAUUGCGGAGAAAUGGGAAGAAAGGAGGUGGUGAGGAGAAUUGGUCAGCAGUUAGAGGAGGCCACAGUGGGUGACCUUUUUAUUCGAACUCCAGCUGGGGAAACAACUUUGUUUGAAAUUGCCGUAGUUCAAAAUCUAGUAGAGGAGUUUAUAAAGCAGGAGAAGGACUCUGUGACUGAUUUUCAGGAGGAAAUUGAAUUCCAGGAGAUUCAAAGUCCUGCAUUUGUUUCAGAUGCCUCCAAGGUGAAAGUGGCUAAGCUGGUUGAUGGCUACCUUGCUGAAAUCAGCAGGGAUCCAAAUUUACUUCUUUCAAAAUUUGUAGAUCUCGCACAAAUGGUAUCAGAGUUGGCAAGACCAUCCCAUGAUGGUCUUUACCGUGCCAUUGACAUGUAUCUUAAGGAACAUCCGGGGAUAAGCAAGAGCGAGAGAAAAAGAAUAUGCAAGCUGAUGGACUGCAAGAAGCUGUCGGCAGAUGCCUGCAAGCAUGCCGUUCAAAACGAACGUCUGCCCAUGAGAGUCGUCGUUCAGGUUCUCUUCUUCGAGCAGGUCAGGACCACCACAUCCUCCUCCUCUGGCGGUUGCACCACCCCCGACUUACCCGGGUCCCUCAGGGCUCUACUCCCAACUGGUUCCCAUGGGAGCUCAAGAUCCGCCACAACCAACACAGAAGAUGACUGGGAUGCUAUUCCAACGGCAGAGGAGCUCAAGUCUUUGAGAGGGGAACUUGCCACCCUAAGGUUAAGUAACGAUGUUGCGAAAACGAAUGCAGAGAAAAUUGCAGCUAGUAAAGUGAAAGGCAUGAUGAUGUCAAAGAAAAUAUUUUCGAAGCUGUGGUCGAGUAAAGAGAGGCAUAGCGAGAAUAGCAGCUCUGAGACAUCGGAUAGUCCCGCUUCUACUAAUGCAGAAGAAACCAAGUCCACCCCUUCUAGAAGUAGGAGGCAUUCUUAGUAACAAAUGCUGCAAUGAGGAAUUUGGGGGCUGGGUAAGUUUGUAAAGUUGUAGCAUCUGUUGACAUUAGGAUGUUAGAAGAACCUGCUGACGUGAAUGCAUUGAGCUUUGGGAUGGAAGAAGAUGCACAAUCCUCCUAUGAUUUUCAAGCGAGAGUAUCGCAUGUGGUUGUAAAGAAGAAAAUAUUGGGGAUGUGGGUUUUUUUUUUUUGGUUGGUAAGUCUUGGCUGUUAUUUUAGCUAGUUCCUUCCCCAGUAGGUAGGAGGUAAUACUCAACUGUUAUUGAACUUUCUGUGUUAGAGAUGGGAUGGUCAUAAUGAGGCAGUUUUGAUGUACCACAAGUGGAAAAGGAAUGCUAUGCUUUGGUACUGAUUGUUCUUUGUA